AUUUUUUGAGUUCCAAGCUGGAACGACGUGUAAAAUAAGAAACAAAAAAACACUCUGUUGCACACAGAAGAAGGAAAACGAAGAAAUUUAAUUUUUUUUUUGGGAAAACACGCGAUUUAAACUUCACUUUAAGUAAAAGUGAUUAGUGUGAUUUUAUUUAGUGUUGUAUUCAUUCGGCUCUGAUCGUUUUCGUUUGUAAAUUGUAUUGUUAUCAUUGUGGACCUCUUACAAGUUAAAAAAUCAACGAAUAUUGCAAAACGGGCUAUGAAUUUAUUUUCCAGAAGAGGGCAACGACGCGUUAUUAGAUAAAAAAACAAGAAAAAAUCGCUUAAAACGUCAAAACGCACGCACACCUUAAAAUCAAUGAACCUUAUUUUUAUAAUUUGUUCUUAAUUAACAACAUCUGCUGAAAGGAUUAUUUUUUAUUGAUUUUCCACAUAAUUUAAACAAAUUUUAGUUAAAAUUUUUAGUUAAUUUGUAUUUUUUGUUUUACGUAAAAAGUUCAAAUCCCUUUAAAACUCACAAACACACAAAAAUUAGUUAAAAUGUCCAGUGAGAAGGUAGAAGAAAUUGUUACUGGUGAUGAACCCUUCUUGGGUACACUAGAUAUAGCACUAUUAGUAGUACUGAUAGCGGGUGCUGCCUGGUAUUUCAUGCGUAGUCGCAAGAAGGAAGAAGAACCCAUACGUUCCUACUCCAUACAACCUACCACCGUAAGCACUACCACGAGUGCAGAUAAUUCUUUUAUUAAAAAAUUAAAAGCCUCUGGUCGUAGUCUAGUCGUAUUUUAUGGCUCACAAACGGGUACAGCUGAAGAAUUUGCUGGCCGUUUGGCUAAAGAAGGUAUACGCUAUCGUAUGAAGGGUAUGGUAGCUGAUCCAGAAGAAUGUGAUAUGGAAGAAUUACUUCAAUUGAAAGAUAUUUCCAAUUCAUUGGCUGUGUUUUGUUUAGCCACCUAUGGUGAGGGUGAUCCCACCGAUAAUGCUAUGGAAUUUUAUGAAUGGAUUACAAACGGUGAUGCCGAUUUAACUGGUCUCAAUUAUGCUGUAUUUGGUUUGGGUAAUAAAACUUAUGAACAUUACAACAAAGUUGCCAUAUAUGUAGACAAACGUUUGGAGGAAUUGGGUGCCACUAGAGUAUUUGAAUUGGGUUUGGGUGAUGAUGAUGCCAACAUUGAAGAUGACUUUAUUACUUGGAAGGAUCGCUUCUGGCCAACCGUCUGCGACUUCUUUGGCAUUGAAGGUGGCGGUGAAGAAGUGCUUAUCCGUCAAUUCCGUUUAUUGGAACAGCCUGAUGUACAACCUGAUCGCAUUUACACUGGUGAAAUUGCUCGUUUACACUCUAUGCAAAAUCAACGUCCACCUUUCGAUGCCAAAAAUCCCUUCCUUGCCCCUGUCACUGUCAAUCGGGAAUUGCAUCAUGGUGGUGGCCGUUCUUGCAUGCAUAUCGAAUUGAAUAUUGAAGGUUCUAAAAUGCGUUAUGAUGCUGGUGAUCAUGUGGCCAUGUAUCCCAUUAAUGACAAAGACUUAGUCGAUAGAUUAGGCAAAUUGUGUCAAGCUGAUUUGGAUACAGUUUUCUCUUUGAUUAACACUGAUACGGAUAGUAGCAAAAAACAUCCCUUCCCCUGUCCCACUACUUAUCGUACCGCCUUGACUCAUUAUUUGGAAAUAACUGCCAUACCUAGAACACAUAUUCUAAAAGAAUUGGCUGAAUAUUGUACAGAGGAAUCGGAUAAGGAAUUUUUACGCAAUAUGGCUUCUAUAACCCCUGAGGGCAAGGAAAAAUAUCAAAGUUGGAUACAAGAUUCUUGCAGAAAUAUUGUACAUAUUUUAGAGGAUAUUAAGUCGUGCCGACCACCAAUUGAUCAUGUUUGUGAAUUGUUGCCACGUUUGCAGCCACGUUACUAUUCUAUUUCAUCAUCUUCUAAACUCUAUCCUACAAAUGUUCAUAUUACGGCUGUUUUGGUUCAAUACAAAACACCCACUGGUCGUAUUAACAAAGGUGUAGCCACCACCUUCUUAAAAGAGAAACAACCCUCAGACGGUGAAGUUAAAGUGCCAGUUUUCAUACGUAAGUCACAAUUCCGUUUGCCUACAAAACCGGAAACACCUAUUAUUAUGGUGGGUCCUGGUACCGGUUUGGCUCCCUUUAGAGGUUUUAUACAGGAACGUCAAUACUUGCGUGACGAAGGUAAAGUUGUUGGUGAUACUAUACUCUAUUUUGGCUGCAGAAAGAAGAGCGAAGAUUUUAUUUACAAAGAAGAAUUGGAGGAAUAUGUUGAAAAGGGUACUUUGACUUUGAAGACCGCCUUCUCGCGUGACCAGGAAAAGAAGAUCUAUGUCACACAUCUUAUUGAAGAUGAUGCCGAUUUGUUAUGGAAGGUUAUAGGCGAAAAUAAGGGUCAUUUCUAUAUUUGCGGUGAUGCUAAAAAUAUGGCUGUUGAUGUAAGAAAUAUUUUAGUUAAAAUUUUAUCAACCAAAGGUAAUAUGAGCGAAGCUGAUGCUGUGCAAUAUCUUAAGAAAAUGGAAGCACAAAAACGUUAUUCGGCCGAUGUCUGGAGCUAAAUGUUGAAAUUAUCAUCUGUUCAUUUUGUUUUAAGUCAUUUAUUUUGAAGGCUUUAAGCCUUGCAGUAGAAUCUUGUAUAUUGUUUUGACUUUGCUCCUGUAAUACCAUAAGACGCCACACAGCAUUCCUAAUAGUACAAGGAGCUAUGAACAAAAAGCCAUGGCAUAUUUCAUGCAAAUUCUACUAUUAUGACUAGACGACUUCCAUUUUGUAUGUGUGUGCUUUUAUUUAAAAAAUUUAAAACUAUUAAAAUAUAUAUUUUUUUAAUUUUUUAUUUUAAUUUAAAUUUAAGUGUAUAUUUUUAUUGUAUAAUAAGAAAUUAUAAAAAAAACA